GUGGUCUACAAUACAUACACGUGCAUGUUCUUAUAAUAAGAUGGCGAGUGAGCUAUUGUCUCCUACCACUGGGGCAGAGGAAACUCCUCAAAAGCCGAGGUUCUUCUUCCCUAAGAUACAAGAUAAUCCUGAUGGAUGGGGGCCUUGUGACGUACCGCUACAGUUCAAAGAUACACCUUACCAGCCAUUCUCUAAAGAUGACCGACUGGGAAAAGUGGCAGACUGGACUAAUAACUUGUAUCAGGACAGGAGAACAGCUAAUAAAUAUGGUUCGGCUUAUGGCUCUGGUGGUCAGGUGUAUACAUAUUACCAUGAGCAGGAUGAUUCCUCGUUUCGAUUGGUUGAUUCCUCUCGGCCUCAGCGACCACUCUACAGUAGACCACGAGGAAGACAAAUGCAGAAUAAAAUCCGUCGCGAUCGUGAGAAGAGAGAGGAGAGAAAGCUAGGAGGACGUCAGCAGGUUGCUUUGAAAAAGAACAGGGAAAAGGAGAGGCGUUCCAAAAGAGGCUACAGGUCCAAUUAUUACGACCGCAAUCCACCUCAGUUGCGGCCAAGGGCUCCGUCCGUUAGUGUGAAAUACAACUGGCAAAUGAUAAGAGAAAUAACAUUCCCAGAGUUAAACAAGCUUAGUUAUACCCCAAGCAGACCUGAAGACUUACACGUUUGUGGUUCAAUUGGUUAUUAUAAUGUGCGGAAGGAGAAAUCGGUUUCUGUUCGGUGUCCGCAAAUUUUGUCGAAAUGUACAAAGAUAUUUAACCCUGUGACAACCUCUGAUGACCCUGUCAUUGAAAAACUCGCUAAAGCUCACAAAGAUAAUUGUAAAGUCUUUGCAACUGAUGCCAUUUUGGCUACACUAAUGACUUGUACUCGCUCCAAAUAUUCCUGGGACAUUGUAGUACAGCGUGUUUCUGAUUUCUUGUUUUUUGAUAAAAGAGAUGAUUCUCGUUUUGAGUUCCUAACGGUAGACGAGACAGCUAAAGAGCCACCACAAGAGGAGACUGGCAUUAACUCCCCACAGAGCCUAGCACUGGAAGCAACUUAUAUCAAUCAGUCGUUGUCACAGCAAAUGCUCGUGUCUGCUGCUGGUGGUAAAGGAUUAUAUUCAUUUAGGGAACCGAAUCCGUUUACUGAUGAUAUUGAGGGAAUGCCAUCUGUGGCUUAUAGAUAUCGUAAGUAUUCCCUGAAGGAUGGAUCAGGACUGAUUGUAAGAUGUCAGCAUGAUGCUGCACUUCCUCCCUCCUCCCCCUCCUCCUCUCCUGACGUCUUCCUUAAUAUAAAGACACUGAAUGAAUGGGACCCCAAGUAUGCUGGUGGUAAUCAUGUUGAUUGGCGUAAUAAUUUGGAUCGGCAGAGAGGAGCUGUCUUUGCCACUGAGCUGAAGAACAACAGUUGUAAGAUAGCCAAGUGGGCAGUCAGUGCUGCCCUAGCUGGGUCCUCAUUUAUCAAAUUUGGUUAUGUGUCACGUUCAAGUCCUCGUGAUUCCUCCAACCAUCAGAUAUUAGGAAUACAAACGGAGAGACCCGAGCAACUAGCAUCACAGCUCACACUGGAUUUACAAAAUGCCUGGGGCAUACUCCACGCCAUCAUUGAUUACUGCAGGGAGCUUGAUCCUGGGAAGUAUAUAAUAAUGAAGGAUCCUAAUAAGGCUGUGAUAAGGAUAUAUUCUGUUCCAGCUGAUGAGUUUGAUAGCGGGGACAGUGAUGAUGAGGAAAGUGAUGGAGGAGCUGGCAGCCAAUCAGAUGAUAAUAAAUCUGAUUAAUAACUCUACUAUUAUAACUUUUAAUUAAAUAAUAAUAAUAAUAAUAAAUUAAAUAAUAAUUAUUAAUUAAACAGUAAUUAUUAUUAUUAAUUAAAUCGGCUAUAAAAAACUAUCAAA